GGCUACUCGUCCGCCGCGCUCGUCCCGAUCGGCCUCGGCCAAUGGGUGGCUCCUCUCCGGAGAAACCGCACGGUCGGCCGGCGAGUUGGAAACGCGACCGAAGGGACUCGAUUUUGGCUCCGGCGAGAUAAGUGUCGGGCCAAUAUAUAUUGGCCAGCCGCACAAAGUAGUAGCGAACGAGGAAGCGGAGACAGAGGUGGUAGAGUGGUGCUCUCUCGAUGCCCGAUGCUCGAGUCUGCCAGCAGGAGGUUCGAAGAAAAUCCAAAGCGCGAUAAGAUGGCGUCACGCACGUCAGAGCCAGGGAAGAAGUGAGGGGCAGAGGAAAGACAGGAAGAAAGAGAGGCAGGCAGGCAGGCCAGGCGAACGUCGCCAGGGGACUGCGGUGUGUGACAGAGUGCGAGUACGGUGCUGUCAUGUCCUGUUCGGGCUACACGAACUGGGUUGCGUUUCGAUCGACGCGGUGAAAAGUUGACGCGUGAUCCUAUCUCGUCUCUCUCCGGUAGAGCAUCAUCGAUGCCUUUGUUCGGCAAUAAGAGCUGUUCUCGUUCGAGCGCGUUCGCUUCGAGCAUACGAGGACGGAGUUAGUAGCGGCCACAGUUGGCCCGACCGCGCCACGGUUCUUUCGAGCAACGAACACGAUCGUUCUGCGUGUAAUCGGGCAGAUACUCGGCCGAGGGAACCUUCCUCUCGGUCCUGGACACGUCGCGGAGGAGAAGGAGGCGGAGGAAGAGUCGGAGGCGAACUGGCAAAGAGAUGCGCGAGUUCAAGGUAGUCGUCCUCGGUUCGGGCGGGGUAGGCAAGAGUGCACUCACCGUGCAAUUCGUCUCGGGAUGCUUCAUGGAGAAGUACGACCCGACCAUCGAGGAUUUCUACCGGAAGGAGAUCGAGGUGGACAACUCGCCGUGCGUGCUCGAGAUCCUUGACACCGCCGGUACCGAGCAGUUCGCGAGUAUGCGCGAUCUCUACAUCAAGAACGGGCAGGGGUUCGUGGUCGUGUACAGCCUGACGAACCACCAGACCUUCCAGGACAUCAAGGCGAUGAAGGAAUUGAUCACGCGCGUCAAGGGCACCGAACGGGUGCCGGUGCUGCUCGUCGCGAACAAGCUCGACCUGGAGCAUCAGCGCGAGGUGAACACCGCCGAGGGGACCGCUCUGGCGCAAGCCUGGGGCUGCCCGUUCGUCGAGGCGUCCGCGAAGAACCGUACCAACGUCAACGACGUGUUCGCCGAGAUUGUACGCGAAAUGAACUUCAGCCCCGAGAAAGAGAAGAAGAGCUACUGCUGUUGCAGUAUCCUCUAAUGAUUAAUCAAAAUCCUGGACCGGGCUCGCCGAGCCAUCUUAGGUAAAGGAUAUCUUUGUAGCGGCUGAUGCCAGUCCCCCGGAUCGUUCGCAGUCCGCGGUGGACACCUGCUCUUUCUUUCGGCUCAUCUUGUUUGGGCAUGUGCUGUGAAUUCGCCAAUCUGUAAGACUAACGUUACCUUGGAUUUUUGUGAAUUCGACUAUGUCAAAGACUAACGCCGUCUCUUGGUUCUUUUUCUAUCGGAAAAUCACACAGUUUGCCACGGCGCUUACUGUUAAAUAUUUUAAUAUACAUGGAUAGUAUUAUAUGUAAUAUUAUUGUAAUAUAUAACGAUAGACGAUAAGUGGGCAACGAACCAGCCAACUCCAUCGGCAAAGGACCAAUACUCGACGGGAAGAACCGGAAGGAAAAGGAUUAGGAACGGACGAUGAACGCCGACAGGCAUCCAAACGGCGACCACAGAGUCGUCCUGCAAUAGUUGUUACUCGUCAACGGCCAAACCAAACUCGAUACGUCUAGCUUUCUGCUCAAUAUAAGAGAGGCGUACGUCGCGUGUUCCUUCUGAUCCAUCGGAGAGCAGAGACGCUCGCAGAUUAGAUCCGCCAACCGAAACAGCAUCCAUACUACUACUCCUACUACUACUACUACUACUACUUUGCAGAUAUUUGAAGGAAUCACUGUGUGGUGGUCUCAGCCAUUCGACGUAGUGGAGACGAUUCGAGUGACCGAGUAAACGUUAUUAUUACCAUGUAUAUUCGGAAACUCGAUAGAAGGCAGACACAGUCUUAUGUACGCAUUGUGCAAUGAUAUCCAUUAACGAUAUAUUAUAUCUAUGCUCAAAUGUCAGAGGCUGAGGAACCGUAGAAUAUGGAGAUACGUCGUCCCAAUGGUUAGAAUUUUAUAUUUGGACAAUUGUGUUCUAAUUUCCAUACGAUUCCAUUGCACGCCGGAUAUUGUUUUUGUUUGGUCGAUUGGAAUGGGAAACGAAAGCGCGCGGUAUCUGGUGCUUUAAUCGAGGGGAAUGUAUCGGAUGUAAACAAAGAAGAACAAACACCAACGGAAAAAGGAGAUUGUGGUAAUUUUACAGUAAAAUAUUAGCACGUAUUGUCAAUCGUAAACAUAAUUAUAGGAUUUAUAUGGUAAAGUCUGUACAAUAGUAAUGAAAACAAGUAAUACAAAGUCUUUGUACAAUUCUGAUAAGUUGUUUAGCGAAUUUCUAAGCCAGCAAGAAAAACCAAGGCUGCGAACACCUGUUUUAGACAAAGGCACACGCUGGUACAUUGAUCCCUUCAACUGCAAGAUACAUACGUACGUACGCGGUUCUCGUAACGAUAUCAGAUAUAUCAGAUAUAUCCAUUGCUUUCUACCGACAGAGAAUUUCCUUUGAAUCUCCUUGAAGUUUCUUUGAAAGUCGAUCGCCAUUGAGUUUCGCGAACGUACACCGAUGGAUGUAAAAAAAGAAAAAGAAGCAAUGGACUCCCUUAUAAGUAGCAGUAGGUCGUGUGUAAUUUUUCUCGUGUGAUCAAAAUGAAAAAGUAAACGAAAAGGAAAAGGAGAAGGAAAAGCGAAAGGAAAAGGAAGAGGAAGAGGAAGAGGAAACGGAAGCGGAAACGGACAGAAAAAAGAGAGAAAGAAACACAGAAACUACCAGAGAAGAAUCAUAUUUAUAAAUACCACAACAGUCAUUACAUUAGCUCUCGAUACGUUAUUAUUUAAAAGGCUAGCAUCGAAGCGAUUGGUUCCCGUGUGAUGUUCGCACGACGUACCGUUAAGCGAAAUAAGGGUUGUUCGCUCGACUAUCUUUUUUUUCUUUUUAAAAAGAACGGAGGACAUUAACCCUUGCGACACCGACGACGCGAUUCGUUGGACGGACGAUCGCGCCUGGUGGGUUCGCGUCGACUCGCGGACCACUUUUGUUUUUCUUUUUUCACUGGUGUAAACAUUUUUACCGUUGGAACAAUGAAUUUUUCAGAAAUUUCCGUUAUCGCCGACGCACGGCGAUCCGUAACGACGUCUCGCGAAUUACGUAUUCGCUUCGCGUAUCGUUCGGCUAUCGAGGGUUAAUUCCGACUUCCGCGGAGGGAUGAAAGAAACAAAGGAAAAGAAAUGUGUAUUUAUAGUUUGUAUAAUAUCUUACUCGUUCGUUUCGAUUUGACCCGUGUUUCGGAUCGAUUGCGAUAUUGAAAUAGACGCGAGACGAUACCGCUUCCCGCGGCAACCCGUAUCGUAGGGCCCCCAAAGUCGAACUGAAAAAGUUUCAAACGGACUGAUGUACAGUAUUUCUAUCAUUGGUAGUUAGAAGAGGAGAGUCCGACGAUACUCGUGCCUCGCGCGGGAAGAGCUAUCGGGCGUACGUUGAAUUCGUUUCUUUUCCAAUAUUGUCGGUGCACUUUUCGAAAAACGGUCGUCUCGCGGCGGGUACACGUACAGGCUCCGCACGCUUUUCCGAAAGAGUUUUUAUUCGAGCGUAUCCGCGUAGUAGCCAACUCUUUUAAUCUCUGUUCUAUUUCUCUUUUGGUUCUCUCCGAACGCGCAGCGCACAACAAAUGAUUCUAACCUAGUUACCGAACGCGACAAUUGCUCCGCUUUAUGCCGGCGUCGUUCGAUCGUACCGACGACGAGGAGAUUUCGAUUGGAAAAGUCGGAAAACACGAAGCGAGCCUCGCGUACUCGACCGACAAAGGGUGCUAAGCGCGUAACGUCAGUUUAAGAUUGACGUUGGGGCGCGCGCGCGCGCGCGCACACACACACACACACACAC